UGUGAUGGGCAGGGCUACUUCGGUGUUUAUAAAAUCAACCACUUGGAAGCCUUCCCUUGCGCAGUUGUGGAUUACUGCUCUGUCACACCGAGAACGAAGGCUACCGAGACUAUACAAUAAACCACUACAAUGGUUCUCAUCAUCGAAAACAGGGAAGAAUUCCACAAUGCCUUGAGUACGGCAGGCGGCAAGUUGGUGGUGGUGGACUUCACGGCAACUUGGUGCGGCCCUUGUCAAAGCAUCGCUCCCUUUUUCAAAUCCUUGUCUGAAAAGUACAAGGAUGUGGUGUUCCUUAAGGUGGACGUGGAUGAUGCACAGGAUGUAGCGCAGGAGUGUGACAUCAAAUGCAUGCCAACAUUCCACUUCUACAAGAAUGGGAAGAAGGUUGAUGACUUCUCUGGUUCCAACCGGGAAAAGCUGGAGGAAAUGGUCACUAAACACAAAUGAAUUUGAGACAGCGACCUCAACACUGUAUAAAGAGACUUUUGUCUGAAUUCACACAGCUGUGUCCCCCCCACCCCCAAACCAAAGUCUCCUCUGAAAAUAUUCUACACAUGUAAAAUAAACAUUUUGUUUACAUAAACAGUUGCAACAUCCCCUUUAUUUUCAUGUUUCAACCAUAUUGUAAUGAGAGCAGGCUUGUGUGUAGUUACAAAAUUAUUGGAAGCCUGUUUUAUAUCUUUUCGGCAGCUGCUUGGGACGCAUCUUAUGUAUCAUAUGUUGAAUUUUAAAGGAAUCAAUUCAAUAAAUUAAUUGAGGAACAAAAAAAA